UUCUUACAUAGUAAUCCCAUUUGGGAGAUUCAGCCCACGCGGCACCAACGGGUGGGUGAUGGCUAACCUGUUCGAUGAAGAAUCGAUACCCCUUGUCGGGCCUGACGUAUUCAAAGGUUUCUCCAAGGAGGGGGUUGAAAGGCUUUGCUACACGUCCAAUUGUCGAAGCGUACUCACUUGCUGCGUAUGCGGCAACAUACACCAAACGUUCCAUAGAAUUAGGUCGGUCAGCCGCAAUAUCAAGGAGGUCAGCAUAUUCCAAAUCCUCCGCAACUCGCUGAAGUAAUGAGGUUGGCUCAUUGAAAGAAACAGGCAAUGUCAUCUUUGU